AUGGAUACAUUACAUGUUAUGUUGAAUUUCAUGCCGCAAUUCGUAUUGAGUUGCCUCCUAUCUAUAGCCGUGAUAGGCACGUCGCCGUACGAAUCAUUCAGGUCGAAGUUGGUCUGGAUGUUUCGAUGUUUAGGGUGUCCAUUCGAAGGCUUGCAAUCCUUUUGCAGCGUGGGAAAUAAAAAAACAGCAAUAACUACAUUUUGGCUGUCAGCGGCCUAUUUCAAGAAUAACGAAAACGGAAUACGGCCAGUCGGUCAUCAUUUCAUGGAAGUUGACAAAAAAAAUUUAAACGAAGAUGUGAAGGCUAUUUUGAAAGAUUGUACAGCAAAACCGUCUGUACUUGAUGUGUUCUCAUCAUUGGUAUCAUUGUCCUAUACAUUAAAUGGGAUAUUCACAGGAAUAGCUAGGGCAACUAGUACAUGCGUAGAAGAUGAUUGGACAUUCAUACCAUUGGUGCUGGCAUGGACAUUGCCAGCAAUUUGUUUGAGGAUCUUUAGCAGAAGGGAAAUAGUAAUCAGAGAACCUAAAAUAAGGAUAGAAAGAUUGUUAAAAGGAUGCAGAGAAAAGUUCAAAAAAUACAAAGAAAAACGAUUGGGAGAAUGGGCAAAAGGAUCAGAAGGUGAAAAUGAUGAUUUGGAAGAAUUAGAAAAAAAAAUAAAAAUUGAAUUGGAAGAGUUGGAAAAUGAAGUAUAUUGGUUUAAUAACUAUGAUGAAUUAAAAAGUGAUUUAGAUGAGUUAGAAAAAAUGCUGUCAGAAAAACAAAUACCUUUAAAACAACUCCAUUAUGUAGAUUUAUGUUUGAUAAGAGUUGAAGUUUUUAUGGUUUUUGCAUUCGCAUUAAUGGUUCCUUGGAUAGCAGUUUUGAUAGCCUAUUUCACUCCUCCCAUAGGCUAUGGCUGUCGGAGCAUGUAUUUUACAUUUUUCUGUUCAAUAUGGUCAGUAAAUUCCAUUUUGGCAUACGCACUCCAUUUGAAAGGGAACAAAAAUGUAAUCGAUAAUUGGAUCAUCAAUAUAUGGUUCUGUUUCAGUGGUCUAGUAGUAGCAGUUGCCUUAAUUUUUCUAGUUCUUUUAAGCCAUACAAAGAUAUGGUGGGUUGUAGUCUUUGGUGAUUUUUGCAGUGUUAAUGAUUCAUGCACGGGGACAUGA